AUGCUCUCCGUCGCGCGCCGGCCCGCCGCCACGCCGUUGCCAAAGGCGCCGAGCGUCUCGGCGUCGAACGCGCCUAGUACGACACCCUCUCGAGUCUCGAACCCGGUGUGGGCUCAGGUCCCGUGGGUGGUGCGGCAGAAGGCGCCGACGGAGCGAGCCCAGCGCGCCUUGCCCGGCGAGAGCACGAGCAUGGUCGGCAAGUCGGUCUCGCCUGAGUCGGAGGCCGACGGCGCAGAGCCCGCCGCGCUGCGUGCACUCCGCCUAAGGCAGGCAAGGUAA